CUGACAUCAGGACAUCUCAGGACAGUCUCUGCGUCCUCUCUGCUGCGUCCUCUCUGCUGAAAUAAUCCAGACUAAGGGCAGUUACACAGAGAGGAGAGAGAUUGAGAGGAAGGGAGGGAUUACACUUCCAAUCACAGCAACCAACAAUCAAUCCCCCUCAGCCCAUCCUCACCCGGUCCCACAGAUUACUUAAUCCACAUGAGGUGCUGCUGGAGCUCUUCAGUUUUAGAAACCUAAAUGGAUUUCUUCUUCGAUGACGUCACGUUACCCUCCACGUCACAGUCCACCGCCAACGACGGACAGGAACACGUGACACCCGAGGAGGCCCUACAUAUGAUAGAAGAUACAGACUCAUCAAGAGGGAAGUCCUCUAGCAUGAGCAUGACUGAGAGUCAAGAGCACCAUACCAGCUCAAGUAUAGAUGACAUCAGCAGGAGAGUUCAGGAACUGGUGGAAAAGAUAAAUGACAGCCGCACCACUGACCAGAAAGUGUUGGACAGCUUCCAGGAGAAGUUAGUGGAGAAGGUGACAGAGAUGUGUCAGCAGAUGAAGGAGCACAUGUACACGAUCUAUGAAGAUAACAGUAAUGAGAUGCAGGUGAAGCUGCAGGAGUUGUCAGAGGUGCUGGAGAGCUGCACGAAGCUGAACAGUGAGCUCUUAGAGGCCAGCCAGGCGCUGGCUAGUCUCAGAGGAGGCCUGGCCAUUAGCCAGACAUCCGAACCCUGAUGAACUAGUUAUUGUUGUGAUGUUCAUAUUGUUUAUUAACUAGUUU